AUGGACUCCCAUAUUCCUCCGCAGCAGUACAUCGAGACAGCCUCGUAUUUCGAGCUCAGCUGGGCCAUCCUGAGCAGCAUUGGCCUGUUUGCGAUGAUGAUGGGCGUCUGGGCGGUGCUCAUCACCCGGCCCAGUCCGCUGAGCUACAUUCCCAUUGUCGUCUCCGCAGCCUGCGCCCUGUCGAACGGGCUAUGCUAUUUUGCCUAUUACACGUCGUAUUCGACGACGAACCGCGCGAUCGCGAGUGCACUCGCCGAUCUUCUCUGGCUGAUCCAAGAGGCCGGCCUGUCGUUCUUCAGCUACCAGAUCCUGGUGCACACGCUGCGCGGCUCCAUCCGCACCGUCUUCCUGUCCAUCUUCUGGACCCUCAUGGUUGCCAUCGCCGGCAUCCGCAUGGCCAUACUGACAACCAGAGUCGUCGAGGUCAGAGAGGGCGCCGCGUCCCUGCAGUCCGCGAGCCCCCUGCAACACCGAAUCGACCACCUCCACGUCGGCUACUUCACGUCCAUCGCGCUGGUCGAGACCUUCAGCUCGAUCUUCCUCAUCCGCCUGCUGCACAAGGCCUAUAUCGUGUCGCCGCAGCUGUCCUCCACGAGACUCGUCUUCCGGUAUCUGCUUCGCACGACGGAAAUCCGCGCCGCCAGCCUGUGCUUUAUCGGGAUCACCCGCGCCGUCACAUACUCGCUGCAGGUGACCUCGCAGACGGCGACGACGGUGGCCGGGCAGGUGGAUCGGUUUGCGUAUACGAUGGAAUGUCUGUUUCCGUUGGUCAUGCUGAUCGAUAUUUUGUCGUCGAAAAAGUUCACGCCGGAGAUGCAGGGAUUGACGACGUGUGACUCGCCGGUAGGGAGAUACCGACAUACGCGCGUUCGCACGAUGGACUCAUUGCCGCAGCAUCGCGCGUGGGUCUGCUCGCCGUAG